AUGGUAAUGGCCGUCGUCUGAGAUGAAAACAGAAGUGUACAUAAUGGUUUAACUUUUAAUGAAGUAUAUAUAAUAUGUAAAAUUAUGCAUUUGGAACUAUUAUUCUAUUUUUAUAAUUUGUAAUAAAGUUUAUAACUUAUUAACUUUAAAAAAAGACGGCGUACCAAGUCAAUCAAUAUUCGAAACGGUAGCUUAUAACCGUUUCCAAGUAUGUGAAGUUAUUUAUCAACAGGUAUGAGUCAAUAUCGUCCUGAGGAUGCUGGAGGGAAUCCCGGCUCUGAAGUAAAAUCUCCAAGAGAAAUUCACCAAAAUAAUUCCCAAUUAGAUGUAACAGUCAAAACAGAGACUCAAGAUACAAUUGUUCAUGUAACUCAUUCUUUUUCUAACCAAAUUCGUUCAGAUUUUUCUGAAGAAUAUGUUUCUAAGAUUUCAGCAUCAGAUUAUCCAAGGCAAUCUAGAUUUUCGUCAUCAUCACAAAAUAUUACUCAACCAACAGGUCCUACACCUACCUUGAAUCAAUUACUUCAAGCAACUAGCAGUCCUGGUCAUCGUUUUCAUAACAAUUAUUCUUCAAUCGGGUCUGAAUCAUAUCAACAAUCUUGGCAACGAUCACCUGUUAUGUCACCGAUUUACUCUCAAUCCACUCAAAGGCCAACACAAAUGUUAACUUCAUACGGUAUAACCUCAGGCCACAAUUCGAAUUUAUAUCCAGAACAACGUAACUGGAACCAGGUUUCUAAUACUUCCAUUUCAACAUUAACAAAUCAAAUGAAUACUUCAAAUCAAUCUCCGCAACGUGCUUUGUCCCAAUCGCCUGCUCCACCAACUGCUUCGUCACCACAACCUCAAUCUUCUGCACCACAGAGUUUUCAUGGCUUACAGCAACGAUCAACUACUCCAAAUACUCAAGGACUUGAUUCUGGGGAACUGUCUGGUCAAAAUAGUAAUGAUAGUUCAAAUGGACCAGCUGGUCCUGCUACUCCUACUUCACAAGGGAUGAGGCCAACUCCAUCUCCUACAGGUUCUACAGGCUCCCGCUCUAUGUCACCAGCAGUCGGGCAACAAAGUAUACAAAUACCUCCACGGCCAUCUAGUAAUCAAUCAGAUAAUAGUAAUCCUACACGCCUUAGUUUGUCACCUCUUACAAAUCAAGGUUAUGAAACAACUUCAGGUUCUUCGGUGCAAGCACACCCUUACAAGAUAAAUACUAGUGGACAAAGUACAACACAAGGAAGUUCUCCACAGAGCAAUACCAAUUCUACGUCCGGUGGACCAGUUUAUGCUAAUACUUCUAACCCGGGUAACAGUUACGGAUCUCAAGGAAAUUAUCCUAAUUUACGUCCUCAUUUACAAUUUCCACCAAUGGUAAAUAAUCAGUAUCAGUCUGGAAGAUCAAAUAUUUCGCCUCAGUAUUCCACAUAUCCUCAUAAAAUGAAUUUUAAUAGUGUAUCAACAGGACUUACACAAAAUUUGGUCUCACCGCAGGUGUACAGUACAGCUGGAAAUAUGGGACCACCUGCAAUGGGACCUCCGCCAAUAUCUCAAAGUCACAUUAAUCAACUUAUGCAUUCGAAUACAACUUCAUUAUCAGAAAAUCCCCCUAUGCCUCCACCAAAUUCAUCCUCUUCCAGUCCAAACUUAUAUGUAGAAUCAGCACUGAAUAUAGAAUCACAAAAUGAUAUGGGUAAUACAACUACUACCUUAGCAACUGUAUCGGCAACUUCUAAUAGUACAUCUGUCACAUCUGUUAUUACUACCGGUCCCGAUGGAACAUCUUUAGAUGAAGGUUCACAACAGUCGACACUUUCUAAUGCUUCAGCUGCUUCUGGUGAAGAUUCUGCAUUCACAUCUAAAGUUCGAAAAGAUUUAAUGAGCUACCAUAGUCAUCCUGCAACUCCUUCGAGUACCAUUCCAUCUCCAGGUACAGGUAGUAUUAAUUCUAUCCAUGAAGAUUAUUCUGAGAUAAACAGUCCAGGAUGGCCGCGAACACCAGUCAGUCCUGUUUAUAACAGUCAAUUAUCUCAUGAUCCAUACAGAUCUAAGAAAUCUGAUAGUUUAUCAAAACUUUAUGAAAUGGAUGAUUCAAUUGAAAGAAGAUCUUGGCUUGAUAAACUUGUUAAUUUUAUGGAAGAUAGAAGGACUCCAAUCACAAGUUGUCCUACCAUUUCUAAAAAUCCUUUAGAUUUAUUCAGAUUAUAUCUUUACGUCAAGGAAAGAGGGGGCUUCAUGGAGGUAUGCAAGGUAACUAAAAACAAAACAUGGAAAGAUAUAGCUGGCCUUCUAGGUAUUGGUGCAAGUAGUAGUGCAGCAUACACCUUAAGAAAACAUUAUACCAAGCAUUUACUUGCAUACGAGUGCCAUUUUGACCGCGGGGGUGUUGAUCCACAACCAAUAAUAAAUCAAGUGGAAGCCGGUUCAAAAAAAAAAGGAACCAAAGGAACAGCAUCUGUGCCUUCUCCUGGUUCUUCAAAUUCUCAAGAUUCAUUUCCACCAGGCACUUCUAAUAAUGCAUCUAUUGAAAGCUAUGGUAAUUAUCAAAAUUCAUAUUCGAGUAAUACUGGUAAUGGAUCAAAUGGAGAAUUCAGUUCCACGUCCAUACGCCCAUCAAAUCAAAAUAAUACAGCAUCUCAUCAAGUUGGAGCCCAGCAAGGUAAUUACCAGAGUUCCGCUCCAUUUCAAAGUUAUGCUCAAGAUCAAUAUAUUCGUCAAGGUAGCACGGCUACACAGUCCAAUGAAUUUCCGUCAUACAAUAGUCGUGCUCAUUAUUCUUCAUAUACUAGUGAUAACGAUAGAAAUUAUCCAGGAAAUAAUUUAGCUUCUACAAAUUCUGGUAACCAAGAACUAUAUAAUAGAUAUAGCGGAAAUCAACAGGGAAGUUCAUAUUCUAAUGUAACAUCACCUGGAUCGCGAAAUUAUCCUGCUGUAUCACAAGGACAUUCAGUAAAUAUACAACAGUCGGUUACGACUCAGCAAACUUCUCAAUCUCAGUCUAAUUCUGUUCCGACUUACACUUGUACUCAGGAUUUUUAUAGACAAGACCAGAGUCCUUAUGGAUCAACAUUGGGGAAUCAACUGUAUCCUGGAGCGAAUAAUAAAAGUAUGCCACCACCUCCACCAUCAUCACAGCAACCACGCCGACAUCCUGACUUUGCAAAAGAUCAACAGUAUUCACCUUAUAAUCAACAAAGGCCUAGUUAUGCAGGUUGGUCUUCAGGAAGCAGUCAAUAUAGCACUGGUAACAAUAUUCGACUGCAGUAUUCAAAUCAACAAUCGCAAUCACCUCAACAGCAGCAUUCACAAACUCAGGGAAUUAUCAACACAUCUGUAUCAUCAGUGACUGCUGUUACUAGUUGCCAGCAGUGGAAUAAUCAGCCAUCUAGAUCAUCGCCGCAGGGCAUUAUUAACCCUAUAGUACAUAACUCGCCUUCAUGGGAUCAUCGAUGUAAUCAAUCUUCGAGUUCUGUAUAUCCUUCAACAGGGUCCCAACAGAACCAGCAUGGCAUAAGUUCUUCUAUCAAUCAGCAGUCAAUAACAAAACGGGAAAUGACUUUUCCAGUGGAGAGUAUAGAAGCAGUUUCUCCAUUAUUAUAUAAGCGGAGAAAGAUAUCCCGUACUGAUGUAGCUCCUGUAGAAGCAUGGAGAAUUAUGAUGGCACUAAGAUCCGGUCUAUUAGCAGAAAGUUGUUGGGCUUUGGAUGUAUUAAAUAUUCUUUUGUUUGAUGAUACCUCAAUUCAUUAUUUUGGAUUAACUCAUUUACCAGGAUUAUUAGAUAUUUUAUUAGAACAUUUUUCUCGUUCACUAUCUGAUAUGUUUGAUUCUACAUUAAUCGAAAAAAAUCGAUUUUAUGAGCGGCAAAUAAGUAAUUUAAAAAUUGAUCUUGGAGCAGUUACUAAUUCAAUCAGGCCAGAAGAUUGCAUUAAACUGAUUUCUUGCUCUAAUUAUACUUUAUUAACCAGAAAAGGAAGAUCAGUAAAAUUUGUCCCUCGAGAUGAUGACAUAUUUAUACUGGACGAUCAGCGGGCUUGGGAUAUUGAAUAUACUGAAUCAGAUGUAGAACCUUGGCAGAUUGACAGUAAAACUAUAAACUAUAUAGUUACUUGUUUCGAAACUGAAGUAAGAAAUAUUUCAUUCUCAAACUAUUCAAAUGAAGAAACUAAUAUUAUACAAAAAAAAUUAUCUAAAGAACAAAAAGAUGAUUUUGGAAAGAACGAAAUGGACAUAAACAAACAUAUUGAAGCAUGCAACAAUAAUUCUCACGACGUAGUUACAUUUGGCUUUACGUCUGUUGAUGAUAAGCAUAAAUGCAUUGAACCCAGACAACUAUUAGAUAAAAAAAAGAAAUCGAAAACCUUAAGUGAUGUAUUAUUAAGAAUUAAAAAGGUACCAAUUGAAAUGAGUGAGAUUACAAAAGAACUUUUUGAGAAAAAACAUGAUAAUACUAAAAAAGAUAUUAUUAUAAUGUCUCCAAAUUCCAUUUAUACUGAUCAAUCAAAUAAAAGUCCAUCGUCUUACAACAAUGGAAUAUUUUCUUCUAGUCCUCAAAUUGAUACAGGAUCUACCAAAUCGUUCAUGUACAAUCAAACAGAAAAUAAAAAAGUUAUUAUUCCAGCUCAAUCUGAGGAUCAGACUAUAAAGUCACAAACUUUUAGAAAUAACUUAUUUUCAAAAAUAAGUAAAGACUAUAUUGUUACAGAAGAUGAAAUCAAAUUAAAGAUAAAAGACCCAUCUGGAACUUUGAAAAGAAGAAAUAUAAGUGAUUAUGAAGAUGAAAGCUAUUCACGCGAUGAAGCCAGUUUAUAUCUCAUUACUGAAACGCAAGAUAAUUUAGCUCGUCGAUGCGUAUGUCUUUCAACAAUUUUGAGAAAUUUGACAUUUAUUCCUGGAAAUGAAACUGAAUUCGCAAAAAAUAUUACAUUUCUUAGUUUAUUAGGAAAACUUCUUUUACUUUAUCAUGAUCAUCCAGUGCGUACACAAAAAACGCGUAACUAUGAUCGUGAGGAAGACGCAGAUUUUGUAGAUUCGUGCAGCAGUUUACAAGGUGAAACUGAAUGGUGGUGGGAUUUUCUGUAUCAUAUACGGGAAAAUGUUUUGGUUAUGGCAGCAAAUAUUGCUGGUCACAUUGAUUUAAGCCAAUAUUCAGAGGAAAUAUCCCGACCAGUCUUAGAUGGACUUCUUCACUGGGCUGUUUGUCCUGCUGCUCAUGGUCAAGAUCCCUUUCCCACUGUUAAUGUGAAUUCAUCUCUUUCACCUCAGAGAUUGGCUCUAGAAGCUCUUUGUAAACUUUGUGUCACAGAGAGUAACGUGGAUCUUGUGGUUGCAACGCCACCUUUUUCAAGACUUCAAAAACUGUGUUCGGUAUUAUCACGGCUGCUUUGUCGAAGUGAAGAACAAGUACUCAGAGAAUUUGGUGUAAAUUUAUUACACUUUCUUUCAGCAGCGGACAGUGGAGUAGCCCGUACUAUUGCUUUACAAACUCCCUGCAUAGCUUUAUUAGUUGCUUUUAUCGAACAAGCAGAAAAUAAUGCUUUAACUGUAGCAAAUCAACAUGGAAUAGCAGCUUUACGAGAAAAUCCUGAGUCUAUGGGCACAAGUUUAGACAUGUUAAGACGCGCUGCUGGAACAUUAUUGCAUCUUUCAAGACACCCAGAUAAUAAAGCAUUAUUACUUCAACAUGAAUCUCGCCUUUUGGCACUUGUUAUGAGUCAAAUUUUAGAUCAACAAGUUGCAGCUAUUGUAGCUAGAGUACUUUUUCAAUGUUCUCGUGCAACAACUUAAUUAUUUACUUCUCAAUUAUAUAAAAAUUAUUAGAUGAUUAGGCUUGGAACUUUAUUAAUUCCAUUAUACUGGCACAAUGAGUAUUACCUAUUUGUAAUUUUGCAAUGGCCAAGAGUUAAAAAAUGGCAUACAAUGUUAUUAUCGAAGCAAAUGUACAAUAUUGCUUAUCCACUAUAGGACUACUUGCUAUAUGUGCGUUAUAUACAUAAGUUAUGAAUAAAAAUAACUUUCUUGAUCAUUUCAUAUUAAUAACUUAUCAUGAACAUAAUAUGAGUUAUAGAAAACUUAUUGCUCUUGGCAAUAUUUAUGUAUAAUUAUUGUAUUUAUAAAAUUCAUAAUAAGAUAAAAUACGUCAAAUGGAUACUCCAAUUUUAAGCUCAAGCAAUUUUUAUAAAUGAAUGCGUCAAUCGA